AUGCUAGGAGUAUCCCGUUUCACGCAAGUGAGGGACGCGAUUCAAAGCUCACUCCUACGUCAGCGAUCGAAGAUUAGAGACGCCGCCGCGUUUGCCAAGGAAAGUAAAAUAAGAUGGGCCGGACACGUGAUGCGCUUUAACGACAACCGUUGGACCAAAGCCGUGAGCGACUGGGUUCCCCGCGAUGUUAGGCGCACCACAGGAAGACCGUCGACACGAUGGUCAGAUUUCUUCACGAAGUCCUUCAAAAAAAGGUAUGAUGCUCUUCUUAUGCCACGCGAAAGGAGGAACCACCUGGCUACUCUGGCACGCGACCGGGACAAAUGGAAGAAUUACUGGCGCCCGCUCGACCAGUUCGAAGAUCAACGGGAGUCAAGGUGA